UUCAAAAACCACCAAAGAAUAAUCAGGUAUUAGUUAUUACACAUUCAUGAUUAUGUUCUGUUCUGUGCUCCACCAUUUUCUCCUUCCCCAAACAACAAUUCAUAGUCAUUCCUAUCUUUUUCUCUCCCUCUCCAAUUCUUCGUCGUCGUCGUAUGCUGUGUCCCACAUUUCGAUCCUUCCUAGCUCCAACGAAAAGCGAACCCAAUUAUUUCCCACGAAACAAGCGCUGUUUUCUGAUCUCUUGGAGAGUAUAGUAAUGUGGUUGUUGAUGGCAUCCUUAAACCCAUACCAUUAAUUCUCUUUCUUUCAUUUUCCUUCACUUUCUAGUUAGGCUGAUUUACCCGGGAAAUGACAUGGAGAAACCCCAACUCAGUUUUGGGGUUUCUUUCAUAAUUUAUCACCUUGUUUUGAUGUUGUCUGUGGCAACUUUGGCUUUGUCUCAGAAUGAUGCCGUGGUGAUGAACAUUCUUAAAAAGGCGAUCAAUGCCCCACCUAGUCUCAGAUGGACAGACACUGACAUCUGCAAAUGGCAACAUGUGGAUUGCAACUCUGGAAAACGUGUGAUUUCCAUACAGAUCGGGAACAUGAAUUUGCAAGGUUCGCUUCCGAAAGAACUUGAGAACCUCUCAGAGUUGCAACGAUUUGACUGUCCACAGAACGGUCUCACAGGUCCAGUUCCAUAUCUAUCUAAAAACUUGCAAAGACUCGUGAUCCGAGAUAACAAGUUCAGCUCCAUCCCUAAUGAUUUCUUCAAGGGGAUGACAAUGUUACAAGAAGUAAGAAUUGGAAAUAACCCAUUUUCGCCAUGGUCUAUCCCGGAUAGUCUUGAGGAUUGUGCAGCACUCCAGACAUUUGUAGCAACAAAUGCAAGUUUGGUUGGAACAAUCCCAGAUUUUUUAGGUACCAUGCCCGGUUUAGUUUCUUUACUCCUGAAUUUUAACAGUCUUGAAGGUGGGUUGCCUACAACCUUUGCGAAGAGUUCAAUGGAGGAACUUUUCUUGAAUGCACAAAACGGUAAUUAUAAACUUAAUGGCACGAUUAAUGUGCUGCAGAACAUGACAUCCUUAAAACAAGUUUGGCUUCAUAGUAAUUCAUUUACGGGUCCAAUACCAGACUUGUCAAACCAUGAUCAGUUGUCUGAUGUGAGUUUAAGGGACAACCAAUUGGCUUGCGCUGUCCCAUCAUCUCUCAUGUCUCUCCCAAGUUUAAAAGUUGUGAAUUUGACUAACAAUUUUCUUCAAGGCCCCACCCCAGUAUUCAAAUCAGGUGUGAUUGUUGAUAUGUCUGGGAUUAAUCGGUUCUGCACAAACUUCCCAAAUCAGCCAUGCAGUCCUCUUGUGAAUGCUUUAGUCUCUGUUGUUGAACCCUUGGGAUGUCCUGUGAAAUUGGCUGAUAAUUGGAAGGGCAAUGAUCCCUGUAAUGGUAGUUGGACAGGAAUUGUGUGCGCUGGAGGUAAUAUUUCAAUCAUAAAUUUUCAAAACAUGGGCUUGUCAGGCACAAUUUCCCCUAAUUUUGCCUCCCUUGCUUCUGUCACAGAAUUGCUUCUUGCUAAUAAUUCACUCACAGGUCCAAUACCAAAGGAGCUCACUACCAUGCCUAACCUAGAAAAGCUAGAUGUUUCAAAUAACAACUUAGGUGGUUACGUGCCAUCUUUUCGUCAACAAGGUUUGGAUCUUAAAAUAGAUGGGAAUCCUGAUCUUGGAAAACCUCUUAAAUCAUCUAGCUCAGAUUCUGGAGGUAAUGGUGGCCGUGAGUCUAACAAACUCACUGCACUCAUUGUCAGCAUUGUAGUUGGCUUAGCAAUUUUACUUGCUAUAGCAUCUCUGGUGUUCUUUAGGCGUUUUAAAAAGCGUAAUUAUUCAGGCAUCUUUGGAGGUCUGAUAGCAAAGCUAAUUGGUCCUCGUAAUGGUGGAGGUGGAAAAGUCACGAAGAAUGUUAAUGUUUCAGUAGGUGCUAGUGCUACUGGUCAGGGUAAUGUCCAAGGUAUGAUAAUUCCAAUUCAAGUUCUAAGAGAAGUCACUAACAAUUUCAAUAAUGCAAACAUACUAGGAAAGGGUGGUUUUGGCACUGUGUACAAAGGUGAACUGUAUGAUGGAAAAAAGAUAGCAGUGAAAAGAAUGGAAUCAGGAUUGUUAAUGGAGAAGGGACUGAGUGAAUUCAGAGCUGAAAUUGCAGUACUUACACAAGCUCGACACAAACAUUUGGUGGCACUUCAGGGAUAUUGCUUGGAUGGUAAUGAGAAGCUUCUUGUGUAUGAAUACAUGCCCCAAGGAGCACUUAGUAAGCAUUUGUUUAGCUGGAAAGAGAAUGGAUUGGAACCUUUGGAUUGGACAACAAGACUAAGCAUUGCCUUGGAUGUUGCUAGAGGUGUUGAGUAUCUUCAUGCAUUGGCUCAACAAAGCUUUAUUCAUCGAGAUCUUAAGCCAUCCAACAUUCUUCUUGGGGAUGAUAUGCGAGCUAAAGUAUCAGACUUCGGAUUAGUCCGGCUUGCUCCUGAAGGAAGACAUUCAGUUGAAACUCGGCUUGCUGGAACUUUUGGAUAUCUUGCACCUGAGUAUGCAGCAACUGGGCGAGUCACUACAAAGGUUGAUGUGUACAGUUUUGGAGUAGUUCUUAUGGAGAUGAUAACGGGAAGGAGAGUGCUUGAUGAUAGCCUACCGGAAGAAGACAUCCACCUGGUUACGUGGUUCGGGCGAAUGAUGCAGAACAAUGGCUCACUUCGAAAGGUCAUUGAUCCUUCCAUUGAUGCUGAUGAUGAAGCAACCAUGUCCAGCAUUAGCACUGUUUCAGACUUGGCUGGCCAUUGCUGUGCAAGUGACCCUCAUCAACGUCCCAACAUGGGCCAUGUGGUGAGUGUAUUAUCUCCUCUCGUUCAAGCAUGGAAGCCUCUUGAGUCUGGUUCCGAUGAUGGCAAGUAUGGCCUUGAGUUGGAUUUGAGUUUGCCUCAAGCGCUCAGAAAGUGGCAGUCUUUGGAAGGAAAGAGCACAAUGGUGGAAGGAUCCGGUUCUCAAUCAUUUGUCACAAAAUAAUGUUAUGGGAUUCACAAUUAAAGAGUGAAUUCUUUCAGAUAUGGGGUGUCUACUGCUCUUUCUGCUACCUUCCUAAUGUUCAAAAUCUCAACACUUCAUUUGGAAGAAUUAGAUGAAAUUUUUCUGACCAUUAGUUAAAAUGAAAGGUUGAGAUUUUGGGUAUUAAGAGGCUAUAGACACUCCAAAUUAUUGUAAUUGUGAUUGCUUGAUCCAAGAGAAAAGAGAGAGUGAGAAUGAUGAGCCUCACAUGAUGAGUCCUGCGCAUGUGUCAGUUGAAUUCUACUAUUAUGUGUCUAUUUUUCUCCAUAUUACUGCAGCACACUGCAAUAAAGGAAGAAGAAAGAAAAGAAUGGAUGGAUGGAUGAAAAGAGAAACGGUGAGUUAUAUGCAUGCUUUAUGUUAUUACACUCUAGAAAAGAGAAUUAAAUGAACGAAUAAAAUUAAAUAUUGAAAGAAGAUAUAAUUAAAGAUGACCCAAUUCCCUAAUUUAGUUUUGAUGAGACUAAUAAAGAAUAAAUACAAGGAAAUGAUGUGGGUGAC